GCCCAUCUCGCUCGCUACAAAAAAAGAGCCCCAAAUCAAAGUCGCGAAGCGGAGAGCCAAAGGCCUAAACAUCGCGACUCGGCUUUUGGAGGAGCAGCGAAAUCGAGAGAGAAGGCUCUCCGAGGAUCAUCGAAAAGAUGUCGGCUGUCGAACCAUCACGCGAGGAGAACGUGUACAUGGCCAAGCUGGCCGAGCAGGCCGAGCGGUACGAGGAGAUGGUAGAGUUCAUGGAGAAGGUGGCGAAGACAGUGGACGUGGAGGAGCUCACUGUGGAGGAGCGAAACCUUCUUUCUGUGGCCUACAAGAAUGUGAUCGGGGCCCGCCGCGCCUCGUGGCGCAUCAUCUCCUCCAUCGAGCAGAAGGAGGAGAGCCGCGGGAAUGAGAACCAUGUUUCUCUGAUCAAGGAUUACCGCAGCAGGGUUGAGGCCGAGCUCACCAAGAUCUGUGGCGGCAUCUUGGCGCUGCUCGACUCCCACCUUGUGCCUGCAUCCAGUACCGCCGAAUCCAAGGUUUUCUACCUCAAGAUGAAAGGCGAUUACCACAGGUACCUUGCGGAGUUUAAGACUGGAGCUGAGAGGAAGGAAGCUGCUGAAAACACAAUGUCGGCAUACAAGGCUGCGCAGGACAUUGCUCUGGCUGAACUGGCCCCAACUCACCCCAUCAGGCUGGGACUGGCACUUAAUUUCUCAGUAUUUUAUUAUGAGAUUCUGAAUUCGCCAGAUCGCGCUUGUACCCUUGCAAAACAGGCUUUCGAUGAGGCUAUCUCAGAGUUGGAUUCCUUGGGCGAGGAAUCAUACAAGGAUAGCACGUUGAUUAUGCAACUUCUGCGUGAUAAUUUGACCCUAUGGACCUCUGAUAUUACGGAGGAUGCCGCGGAUGACAUCAAAGAAGCCCCGAAGCGUGAGCCAGGAGAGGGACAGUGAUGAUCGUCCAGUGUGCUCUCAGAAUUAGGAAUUUAGUUGUUUCCCUUUGUCGAUUUGAUUGUGCAAUGUACUCUGGACUCUGGUCUCUUUCUAUUUAGUAGGCAGUGUUGGUUUGUUCACAUUUGCUUGGAUAUUUCUACUCCAUUAGAUUUGCGGUGUGGAUUGAUCUCGUAUCUACAUUGACUGAGCCAUCUAUGAAUGAUUUAUUGCUUGGUGGAUUUGCCAAAUUCUAA